UACUUUUUUUUUUCCCCUUAUAUUCUAUGCUCUUCUACCACUCUCUUCCUCGCACUAUUUCAAGUCCCGCUCUCCGUUGUUCCCGAACCGAGUGUUAUCGGAGUGCUUGGAGAUGGCAGAUGAGUCUGCGAUGGCUGUGCCUGUCAUGGUAAACCACAGCAACAGUAUUGCUAAUCAUGAAAAUGGCCUCGAUCAUCGUCCUCAAAGCAGUGUGAGCGUGAUAGACAUAUAUCCGCUCAGUUGUUACUAUUUUGGAUCCAAAGAGGCUCUCCCUUUCAAGGAGGAGACCUUGGCUGAUCGAGUUCGGAGAUUGAAAUUGAACCAUGAUGCUCAUGGAUUGAGGACUUGUGUGGAAGCAGUUAUGCUGGUCGAGUUGUUUAAGCAUCCGCAUCUGUUGCUGUUACAAGUGAGAAAUUCCAUCUUUAAGCUUCCUGGUGGUCGUUUGAGACCAGGUGAAUCAGAUAUUGACGGACUGAGACGCAAAUUGUCAAGAAAGCUUUCUGUCGGUGAAGAUGGUAGUGGUCUUGAUUGGGAGGUGGGGGAAUGUCUUGGUAUGUGGUGGAGGGCUGACUAUGAAACUUUGCUGUAUCCAUACCUGCCUCCUAAUUUAAGAAGUCCUAAGGAGUGCACGAAACUCUUCCUGGUAAAGUUGCCUGAGAGUCGAAAAUUCAUUGUGCCAAAAACCCAAAAGUUGCUUGCUGUUCCAUUGUGCCAGAUUCAUGAAAAUCACAAGACAUAUGGAUCGGUAAUAUCAGGAGUCCCACAGCUGCUAUCCAAGUUUUCCUUCAACAUUAUUGACUCUUGAAAUAGACUUGAUCAUUGUAAUAAAGUUGGUUCUAAGGUAAGUAUGUGCAAGCAGAGCAAAUAGUGUAUUUGGGGUAAAUGUUCUCAACUGAGAAAUCAAACAUGUAAGAUAUAGAGAGACUUUACUUGUCUAUUUGGGACAGACACUUGAAUAUACCAUGCCUGUUGGAGUUGAUUGAUACUGAUGGAUUGUAAUGUUGUGGCUGUAUGAAUUUUUAUGUUCCUGGUUUGAGCUUGGAACUUUUAAAUUGAUAUUUGAAUAUAUCCAUCCUUUGAAAAUUCACCGCA